UCUACAAUUCAAUGUGCACAGGCUACUGAAAGGAAAAGGAGAUCACUUAGCUUUAAAAGAGACGCCAUGGCAGCAGAUAGAUUGCCUCUGAUGUCGAGCAACGUUGAUGAUGGCAUAUCUGGCAGUGAAUCUGAAAACGAGCUGUCUAUUCCUAUACCAUAUCUGUAUCAAGAGGAGAAUGUCAGUGAACAAAGAGUUUUACCUCUGCAGGCGGACAAAAAGUAUCAUUUAUUUAUAUCUUAUAAUUCAGAGGAUCGGGGUGAUGCAAACAAAAUCUGUGAGUGUAUGGAACAAAGGUUUCAUAUGAAAUGUAUGAACUUUGAGAGGGAUUUCGUGCCCGGGAAAAAUAUUGACGACAACAUUGCAGACAAUAUGCGCAAAAGUGUUAAAGUUCUUAUAAUUUUGAGUCCAAACUAUGUACAGAGUCACUGGUGCGUGACUGAAGCACGCGAAGCAGCUCAAUUGUCCUUCACGGGUUCAUCCGAUGUUAACGUGAUUCCGUUACUUCUUCGGUCUUUGGGAAAAGAUUUAGAUGUACCUCCCUUUUUGAAGUCCUACGUUUAUAUCGACGCACAAAAAGAGAUUGACGUUCCAGCAAAAAUAUACGAGGCGUAUCUGAAUCCAGAUUGUGUUGAUCCAUUGCAUAAAAAACGUAAUGUGGAAAAUGUUGCCAUUCAAACUUAUAAUGGAGCCUUUCUUUGUCAAAAGUUUGCCUCAAAAGCAAAAUUUUUUGUCCAUGGCAACUCUUACAGAUUUCAUCCACUGGAAGAUCACGAAAAAGAGAAAAUCGCCUCUUUUGACCUGGAUCCUAUGGAGUGCACUCAGCAUUACAACGCCCUUAUCGAUGAUUUAAAUUCAAGAACACUCUUUCGGAAAUACCCACUUUUUGUUUCCAAAUGGCGUUUUCUGUUUUUAUGUGGAAUAAUUCUAAUAAUUGUUUGCAUUUGUGCCGGAUGUGAUUUAAUCUGGUGGGACAAAUAUCAAGGUUUUACAAUUAUCCUGAGUAUCUUUGGGUCUUGUCUUGUCGCUUUGGUUUGCCCGUGUUCACUGUGUUUUAUGUAUAUCUGCAGAAAAAAACUAUCGUCAUCUAUUCACAUCACCGUGAUUCAACUUAAUGUAAAGUUCUACCAGAAAAGUAAAUGUUUGAUCUUCUAUGAUGACAGCAUCGUAUCCAAACCCACUCUGAACAUUUUUAAGUACGAUAUCACUGAAUGCAGAAAUAACAUUUGUCUAAUGCUGAAGAAAAAGAGUCCGACAAUGAGUGAAAAGGAUUUAGAGACAACUGCAGAUAACUUGAUUGAGAGAAAGCUGGAAGAUAUGCAGCAGAGAAAUGGCUUAAUAAACUGGUCUUUUUUACCGGAGAGUGCCAGUAAACGUCAUAGAACCAGGAACGACAGAGCUUGUCUGUGUGAAAUGGUAGAGGAUAACAUCAACAAAGAAAAUAGGGGGAGCAAUAGAGGGACUAUAGAGGUCUAAAUUUAGUUUGAAGAACCUGGAUAAUCUCAUAAUUCUAGUCCGCGCCCAACCAUUAAAGACUGUGCUUGACAUUUUACU